AUGGACCUGGCAGCUAUAGAGAAUCAACGACGUGCCGAUCGUUGGGACAAGGGUAUCAAGAUUGGUGAAGGGACGUUCGCCAAUGUAUACAAGGGUACCGAGAAAGCUACAGGCCGCAAGGUCGCCAUCAAAAAAAUUAAAGUCGGUGAAAUGAAAGAUGGGUUGGAUAUGACAGCUCUCAGAGAGGUGAAAUUCUUACAAGAACUCAGACAUCCCAACAUUAUCGCUCUGCUAGACGUUUUCUCGGUGAAACAAAAUAUCAACCUCGUCUUGGAAUUUCUUGAUACGGAUCUAGAAGCUGUCAUACGAGAUAAAGCGCUCAUAUUCCAAAAUGCGGAUAUCAAAAGUUGGAUGGCGAUGUCUCUGAGAGGAUUGGAGUAUAUUCAUCGGAAUGGUGUCCUUCAUCGUGAUCUCAAACCGAAUAAUUUACUCAUCGCUUCGAAUGGAGAACUCAAAAUCGCAGAUUUUGGUUUAGCCAGGGAGUUUGGUGACGCCGGAAGUCGAAUGACAUGUCAGGUGAUCACUCGAUGGUAUAGACCUCCAGAAUUAUUGUUCGGUGCAAGAUACUAUUCCGCAGCUGUGGACAUAUGGUCAAUAGGUACCAUUUUUGUCGAACUCAUCCUUCGUGUACCGUUCUUAGCCGGUGAUACGGAUAUCGAUCAACUCAAAAAAACAUUUCACGCCAUGGGGACACCAACAGAGCAAGAUUGGCCAGGUCAUACCAAAUUGCCCGAUUAUCAUGAGACGCCACAACAUCCCAAAAAUCCAUGGUGGAACAUGAUUUCAUCUAUCGGAAAAGAAGGUCAAGAUCUUGCCAGAGAAUUACUCCGCUUUGAUCCUCUUCAAAGACUCUCUGCGGAAACAGCCCUACACCACGAAUACUUCACUGCAUUCCCCCGUCCAACUCCACCUAUCAAACUCCCCAAACCGUUGGCAGAACUUCGACCUAGAGCUCUGGCUCCGGAUGAGACCCAAGGCAAACCUAUCUUGUCUGGCACCGAGAAUGGUGUCGUCAAACGGAAAGCGGAAUCGCCCUCUUCGUUGGGAUUAGAUGGCAAGCGCAUCGCACGGCGACUUUUUGCAUGA